CCGCCGCUAGAGUCUGUAGUUUUGACAUUACAUCCCUCAGCAUCAUUUCACCUUACUCUCUUCCAGCGGUCACAGAAUGUCUAAAGCUUGCAUUUUAGUAUGAUUUCAGGAUAUAAUUUUUGCAUACUGUGAUUGCACAGCCCACAGUUAUUCAGCUUCAGAAGAUCAGGUCCUCUCACUUGGCUUGUGGGUUCCCAUGGGCAGUGUGCUGGCCUUGUCAACCCGCCCAGGGCGCCAAAACUCCCCUUUUCCACAAGAUAGACCCUUGUCACGGUGGGAUAGGAGAGAUGGACGGCUACCUAACCCUGGGAGCUUUGACGGUUUGCAUCGCAACUGUAAAGAUGUAUUUCCACAGCAGAUUGAAGGAGUGAAAAUGGUGAUAAAUAAGACCCUCAGCAGUUUUUUCAAGGUCAGUCACACAUUUCACCUCAGUGCUGUUGCUCCAUCCAGUUAUCGUUUUCACGCUGAACACCUACAGUCAGACACUGACAGCAAAGAGACGGGCUCACCCAUGCUUAUUGGGGAAAUGGACUCCUCUGGCAGCUUAAAUGCACACUCUUUGUUCCAUCUGAGUGAGAAAAUAAGAGCUAAAGCGGUAUUUCAGACUCAACAGGCACAGUUUGUCACAUGGCAGUUUGAGACGGAGUAUAGAGGUAGUGACUUCACAGCAGCGGUUACUAUGGCCAACCCUGACAUUCUGAGGGAAUCAGUUAUCAUGGUUGCACACUUUCUCCAAAGCGUAUCCCCGCAGCUGGUUCUGGGGGGAGAGCUGGUGUACCAUCGAGGUCGAGCAGAAGAAGGGGGCAUACUCACCCUAGCAGGCCAGUACUCAGGGCCAAAUUGGGUUGCAACACUGAAUGCUGGUAAAGGAGGUGCACAUGCCAGCUACUACCACAGGGCCAAUAAACAGAUUCAGGUGGGAGUGGAGUUUGAGGCGAGCACUAGGACCCAGGAAACAACCUUUUCUUUUGGUUACCAGAUGGAACUUCCUGAAUCUAAAAUGGUCUUCAAAGGAAUGUUGGACAGCCGCUGUAUCAUUGGUGGGGUUCUGGAAAAGCGGCUUUACCCCCUUCCUGCCACAUUGAUCAUGGGUGCCUUUGUCAACCACAGAGCAGACAAGUUACAGGUCGGUCUUGGGGUCAAUGUUGGUUAGAUACGGAACCUAACUGAAAAGAGACACCAUUUAAGACUGAGAACUUCAGAAACCACCUUCAUGUCUGCCCAAAGACACUGGUCCACCACAGACAAUGGACAGAACAGGCAAGCUAAUUAAAGCCCUCUUUGCCAUACUGGACAAUCAUGCAGUACAUGGUAAACAGGAACGAGGGAGCUGAAAAAGACCGGCAUCCAUCCUGUAUGAAGGAUUUUACCGUUUUGGUCUUAUAUUGGCCCCAAAGUAACCUGAGAUAAAUAAAUAUUCAAAGAUUAUCUUACUUAAGAAGAAGAUUCCAACUUCUGCAACUGUUGGAGGAGACCACACAAAUGAAUAUGUAGUUUCAACUUCCUGUAGCAAACAAAUAUAAUUCACUCCUAAAUCAAGCCAAACAUAUUGAAGAUUAGCAAAGAGGCGCACAAUUUAUCAAGUAUCAUCCCCUCAUUCAAACAAAACACCCUCUUCUCUGUUUGUUAAGCUAAACUUGAAGACCCUCCUUGGGGGUCAGACUCUGGCAUAAUGGCAAGUAUGAAGAUGGAAGGAAACAAAGUGACAGUGUCAACUGUAUAAAGAUGCAUUAUGAAUGAGAUAUUACAGGAUUUGACAAACGUCAGACCUGAGUCAGAGCUGUGGAGCAGUAGUGCACGUUCUUAUGACGCAUAACAGCCACUGGUUCACAGGAAUGCAGGUAUGAGUCAGGCCUGCAUUAUAUCGGCCAUGUUCACACUGCACAGUUUCAGGAGAGAGAACCACAUGUAAAUGCAGAAGAGAAUCUUAAACCCUGUUCACAUCAAGGACUGUAAGUGGACUGAAUAAAGUGGGCAAUUGCGGGUUGUAACAUUUGGUCUUAUUUCUAUUUUUAAGCGCAAAUGUGGAGAAAGAAAGAAUUGCGUGAUAAUGUGUGAAUAAGCAAGGCUCAUACCUCUUUACCUGUGAUUUUCUUGCACUGCAUACACAGAAGAGAGGCACAUCUUUGAUGCAAGUUUAAAUACGUCUUUAACAGCUGUUCAGUUUGGUUCUGUGCACACAGCAUGUAAUUUUGGUAAAUGCAGUUGCCACUAAAUUAACGUUGUAAAAUGCGGUUGUCAUUCCCGUAAAUUACUAAACUGUUUAAACUGAAGAUUAAGCACUAAGGUGAAGCGGCCAUUGAAAUUUGGCUGCAGUGUGUAUGCUGGCCAUGUGGUUAAUGAGACUGUUUUGGGGUGAUUCGUCUUUUAUGUUCCAGGGUUGAUUUUUAUUAAAACUGACAGAUUUCAA